CGGCCUGCCGCCGCUUUAGUUAUGGGUUGAGGUGUGUUCGAUCUCCGUGUCCGAGACGGUCUGGCUUGAUCUGUGGAGCAGCGGAGGGCCUGCCUUGACCGAGAGACGUAACAAACACAAAAGGCAGGGUUUGAAGAUGGUCCUAAACUAUGUGUCCAUGUCCGCUGGCGAUCAAGGAAACAGAGUGGCCUACCGCUCUGCCCGUGGCGACCUCAGCCCGUCGGCCUUAGCAUUGGUGAUGGUCUCCGGAGACAGCUUUCUCGUUACCAGACCCGAGGCGAUUCAUCCAGGAUAUACUCUUCGGCAGGCUGUGCGGCCCAGCAUUCGUACGGAAAACCGUCGGGCGACUGGUGGGGCCUGGGGCCCAACGCGCUUUAUAAAGGGAAGGGACCUUGAUGGGCGGGACAGAAGCCGUCAGUCAAGAUUCUCACCUUACCCGACCCCUGGGGUUAAACUCGAUCUCCUAAGAAGCGUGCUGCAACAGCGUCUGAUUGCAUUUGGAGGUGUUAUCGCAGCAGGCGGUCUUUCGUCUUAAAACGAAUACCUCCCUCCGCCCCUUGAUUAGCUUGUGAACAAGGCCUCUCUAAAAUCCUUUCAUGGUGCAACCGCAAUCUUUAAUUUUUAGAGAGAUGUGUUUUCAUUUUAAUAUAAAAAUACAGAGGAGGCUUGUUAAUAUGGCCUAGCACAAAGAAACAGUUUACUGUUGCUCAACUCAGAUGGUUUUAAGCGGCCAGAAUGAUUAGAUCAGGAAGGAAGUAGAAGAGAUUUUUUUUUCUUAGUUGCAAAACUGAGCUGAUGGGACCACCCUUCCCAGAGGUCAACAAUCCCUUUAUUCACACUUUAUGAACUUCAUUCAAACAAGGGAUCCGAAAUUUCUCUUCUUUCCAUAAGACUUACUUCCCUUCCCUGGCAGAUUCUCCUACUUUGAGACUUGUAAUUGAGCUUCAUUAACUGCCUGUCUUAGAUUAUUCCCUUUACCUUUACUUGUGUUUGUGAAAUGCUUCAAAUUAUUAUCUUGGUUUAUCUUUCCCUUGGGGCCCAGUAAUCCUAUUACCUUAUCCUUAACAUUUACCCUCUUUCAUCUCCCUCCUUCACCUUUUCUUCGGUAAUAUCUAAAAACUUCAGUCUCAGCCAUACUGAAAACAAAAGCAAAAACCUAAACCUUGCUACUCUUUCAAAUUAUUAAAUUUACAUUUCUUUUUUUGCCAAAGGCUCCAAAUUUUUAUACUUCUGUCAUUUUAUGAUUUACAUUCAAUCCCAGCUUCCUUAAUCAGAAUCUGUUGUCCGUAAAUUAACAAAAAUUGGAAACAGUGAUCUUACAGUCUUUUCGGAAGCUGUACAUCUAUUUACUUUAGCAUCUUCUUUGGACUUUCUGGUUUGUCUCUACUUACUCACCAUUCAACAAUAUAUGAAGAUCUCUGUGGUAAGCACUGUGGAUGAACUUUGCACAGUCCUGCCAUGGAGAUCAUGGUGUAUAUUCCAGAUGGAGAGGCUAAUUAAUAGGUAAUCACCACACUGAACUGUUCAUUAGGUGCAGUGAUAAUAAGCACCGGUAGUAAUGGCUUUCCAUAAUACUGCAGUAUCUUGGUUCUCUAACCUGACUGAUCACUCCUUAUUGGCUAAUUUUUUUUUUCUAACAAUACGUUUCCCAAGAUUUAAAGCAUGGUAUUGGAAAAAAGUUAGUGGGGUUGGAAGUGCCAGUUCUUUAUGUAAGCAAGUAGACUAGCUUUUUCCCAGUGGACUCAUCUUAAAUUAUGUUCAGACAGCAAAAUUACCACACACCAUACAGAACUGAAUUGUUGGAACUACAUCUUAAGAAUGUUGAUAAACCAGGGAACUUCCAUAAGAAUAAUUAAAAUGGGUCAUAGGAAAAGUGUUUGAAAGAAUAAUAGCUCUCUUUUAUUGAGUGCUAUGUGCAAGGCAAUGUGCUAAGGGCUUUUAAUUUGGUGUUUAUUCAGAUAUUGAGAAUUUAUUCUGUGUCUGCUACUACUUGUGCUAAGCACUUAGAAUAAAGUUGUGAACAAGAUAGAUAGGGUCUCUGCUUUUAUGGAGCUUUAUAUAUGUUAUUUAAUUCUCACAACAUCCCAUAAGAGAGGUAUUAUACUUUCUUUACUUUUUUUUUUUUUCUGCUGAGAAACUAAGGCACAAAAAGUAAACUUUCCAAAGUUAUGCUGCUAGUAAAUGAUAGAACUAUGCAGCCCUUCAAGCCCAGGUUCCUCAUUUGAACCAUGCAACCCAAAUAGGAUUUACUAUUUUCUCAAUUCUCCCAAGGAUAAUAUAUAACUAAUACUAUUUUAGAUAUCUAAAAAAAUGUUAAUUCAUAAUAAUAUACGAUGGAUGCCUUUAGGCUGGGCAAUGCAAUAACCCAUGGUUGAGAAAGGAAUCCCAAACCUAUAUGCUAAGAGUUUUAGACAGGGAAAGAAUAAAAUUAAGGCUGAACGUAAGGAUUUUCAUAAAACUUAAGAGAUGCCUAAUAGUGGAAAAUACCACCUCACAAAGUAAUGAAUUAACACCCCAAAGUUCAAAUAGAGACUAAAUCCAGUCAAGUAUGAAAUAGGAUUCGCUGACUUCUUCGAUUUUUUCCCAUUUAUCCUAUGAUUCUCUCCAUUAAAAAAUAAAUGAUUCAAAGAGGAAAUGGAAAACUGGGGGAUGAGAAGAGAAAAAUGAAGUAUAAUAUAUAGAAUAACCAUAUUUACCGUGCAAGCCAGGACACCUGUGAGUGGAAGAGGUUGUCAUCAAACUGGGGCGACAGACAUACAAAGGGCUGUCCCAGGCAAAUUGGUUGGAUUAUAUAACCCUAGGAGAGGAUACAGUAUUAAAUAUGCCUUUAAAGUAAAUUCCUUAACUUCAGGGAAAGGAGGCUGAGAUUCGUCAAUGAAGCAACAAAAGUCUGGCAUAAAAGUGCACAAGAGGAGGGGAGGACCCAUUGGGAGUAACUUUGUUUCUUUCCUGGCAUGGAGUCAUCAGGGCUUUGAUUGAAUAAUAGUGUAUAUGUGCCAGAAAAAAAAGAAAAUGGUGUGAAAAAGAAAAUUACUGUUUUGACAAGAGGAGAACCUCAUUUACAUAAAUGCUCCAUCAUUUUAAAUCCGAGGUAAUGAAUAUCUAAAUUCUUGUUCUUAACAUCUGCACUAGGGUCCAAGUUACAAUGUGUUCCUAGAGUCACAAAGACUAUAUUGUGGAAGCAAGAGCAAACAGAAACCUCUUUCAGUCAAAUUACCUGAAGUAGAGAUAACUUAAGUAUUCUCAA